GAUCAAUCACAACGAUUUCAGCACCAUAUACGACGUCCAUCGUUUUGCAGUCCAGUGAAUGACAAACGCGCCUGGCCACGGGAUAUGGUAUAAAAUAUUCAAAUUUAUCAUCAAAACCAGUUGAAGUUUUAUUAUUAUAAAAGCCAACGCACCAGUCUGUACCUAUCAACUCUUGUAUCACUGCUCACUUCGAGUAAGUAACUGUUUACCAACCAACCUACCGGCUACCUAUAAAUAUUAAAAUAUUAUAAUUUUUCCAUCCGGACACAAUGUUGAAUUCGGUUGCGGUGACGUUUGCGGCGUUUGCCGUCUUGCUGCACGGGGUCACUGGCCUCGACAACGGGUUGGCUUUAACACCGCCGAUGGGAUGGCUCGCGUGGCAGAGAUACAGGUGUAUCACAGACUGUGAAACGUAUCCCGACGAAUGUGUCAGUGAAAAGCUGUUUAUGAAUGUGGCUGAUUUACUGGUCAGCGAAGGCUACGCAGACUUGGGGUACAAAUACGUUAUCGUAGACGACUGUUGGUUGGCCAAGAACAGAUCAGCCGACGGAAAGUUGGAAGCCGACAAGACGAGGUUCCCGAGCGGUAUUAAAGCACUGUCUGACUACGUGCACUCAAAAGGUUUGAAAUUUGGUUUGUAUCAAAACUGGGGAGAGAAAACUUGUGCCGGUUAUCCGGGCGUGCUGGGCAGCGAAGAAAUGGACGCCAAACAGUUUGCCGAAUGGGAAGUUGAUUACGUAAAAUUAGACGGAUGUUAUUCGAACGUCAGGGAUAUGGAUAGGGGUUACGUCGAAUUCGGAAAACAUCUAAAUAACACAGGAAGGCCAAUGGUGUACUCAUGUAGCUGGCCGGCAUAUCAAGAAGACAAGAGAAUGCGGAUCAAUUACGCGUUGAUGGCUAAACACUGCAACCUGUGGCGUAACUACGGAGACAUUGACGACUCGUGGAGUAGUGUAACAUCCAUCAUUGAUUACUUCGCACUGAAACAAGAGUUCUGGGCGCAGUAUGCAGGACCUGGCCACUGGAACGAUCCAGACAUGCUCCUGAUCGGAAAUUUUGGUUUGACAAUCGACCAGAGCAAAUCGCAAAUGGCCAUUUGGGCCAUAUUGGCCGCUCCACUGCUCAUGUCCAAUAAAUUGUCCGCUGUACGCCCAGAGUUCAAAGAAAUUUUGCAAAACGCUGAAGUCAUCAAAAUCAAUCAAGACGCCUUAGGAAUACAAGGCAUGCGAGUGUUUAGGGAUAGGAGUAUUGAAAUUUGGACUCGACCAAUCGAACCAGUUCAUCACGGAAAUUAUUCUUACGCGGUGGCGUUUGCGAGUCGUCGCGAGGAUGGCGCUCCUUUCCCGUACAAAAUAACUUUGAAAGACUUAGGACUUAAUCAUCACAUCGGUUACACAAUUAAGAAUUUGUUUGAUAAGCCUACCUCAAAUAGUAUCAAACACUACGCCUUGCCAAAGACUGUGGUCAACGUACGGAUUAUUCCGACAGGUGUUGUGUUCUUACGAUUCGACAUUAUUAAGAUCAAAUUGGAGGACGAUAUUUACAAUAGCGCACUCAACAAAACCAUUACAUUUACAUAAAUCUAUUGAAAAAAAGCAAAAAACCAUUAUAGUUUACUUGUUAUAAUUCAUAACUUUA